UCGCCCCGGUCUUUUCUGGGAAGGAGAGACCAUGGCGGCGGAGCCGAGCAAGGCGGAGAUUCAGACUCUGUUCAAGCGGCUGCGGGCGGCGCCGGCCAAUAAGGCCUGCUUUGACUGUGGUGCUAAGAAUCCAAGCUGGGCCAGUAUUUCCUAUGGCGUAUUUCUGUGCAUUGACUGCUCUGGAGUCCACCGGUCACUGGGGGUGCACCUAAGCUUUAUCAGGUCUACAGAGCUGGAUUCAAACUGGAGCUGGUUCCAGCUUAGGUGUAUGCAAGUGGGCAGCAAUGCCAAUGCGACUGCCUUCUUCCGCCAACAUGGCUGCACCACCACAGAUGCCAAUGCCAAGUAUAAUAGCAGAGCUGCCCAGAUGUACAGGGAGAAGAUCCGGCAGCUGGCGAGUGCUGCCAUGGCCAAGUAUGGCACCAGUCUCCUGGUAGAUGGACUGAGUGGAACCCCAGGCCAUUCCCCUGAGAAGAACGAUGCUGACUUCUUCAUGGAGCACACGCAGCUUUCCAGUACCUGGGAUGUGGCAGAGGCCAGUCAGAAUCCAACAUUGUCCUCAAUGGAGUCUGAGAGAGCAGCAAAGCCAUUGGAAACCAGCGAGAUGCCACAGUCCAACCAAGGCCCAUCUAUUGACCUGUUGAGUACGUCUCCUAAAGCUCCUCUGGAACUAAAAUCUUCCCUCAUCGGAAAGAAGAAGCCAGGCACUGCCAAGAAAGGGCUGGGUGCAAAAAAGGGGCUUGGAGCCCAGAAAGUGAGCAGCCAGAGCUUCAGUGAGAUAGAGCGACAAGCCCAGGUGGCUGAGAAGCUGAGGGAGCAGCAGUCGGUGGAGUCGAGGAAACAAGCUGAGGAGUCCAUAGUCACUUCAAUGCGACUGGCCUAUCAGGAGUUGCAGAUCGAUCGGAAGAAGGAGGAAAAGAAACUUCAGAACCUGGAAGGGAAGAAACGCGAACAAGCUGAGAGACUGGGCAUGGGAUUGGUGUCCAGAAGUUCUGUGUCUCACUCCGUGCUGUCCGAGAUGCAAGUGAUUGAGCAGGAGACACCAGUGGCUGCGAAAUCCUCUCGCUCCCAGCUGGACUUGUUUGAAGAUGCCGGAGGCUUCACAUCUGGACCCCCCAAGUACAAAGAUAAUCCCUUCUCACUGGGAGAUGCCUUCGGCUCACGAUGGGAAACAGAUUCCUCCUGGGGUGUUGACAAAGGGGAGGAGGAGGCCGCAGUGACCAUCUCCAGCAUCCGGCCCAUUGGAGAGAGACCCACCAAUAGGAGGGAGGCAGAGAGCAGGACAUCUGCAGUGGAAUCAAAUGAAGCUCGGCAGAAGUUCGCUGGGGCCAAAGCCAUCUCCUCAGAUAUGUUCUUUGGGCGGGAAGCAGAUGCUGAGUAUGAAGCCAGGUCUCGAUUGCAGCAGCUCUCUAGCAGCAGUGCCAUCAGCUCCGCAGACCUCUUUGGGGAGGCUGAGAACACACACUCGGCAGGUGGUGUGUCAAUUGGGAAUGUGCUGCCUGCAGCUGACAUCACCCAGUUCAAGCAAGGAGUAAAAUCUGUUGCUGGCAAGAUGGCCGUCCUAGCCAACGGUGUGAUGAACUCUCUCCAGGAUCGCUAUGGCUCAUAUUGAUGACCCAGGGACAGCAGCUCAGACGAAUGCCAGCGAGAGGCACCAGUCUCACCUUGAGUUGCUUGGAGUUAUGCUGCAGGAUUCUGUUUUAGUUUGUCUGGGGCGGGGUGGGUGAGGUCAACAGAAACAGAAGGGGAUGAGGAGAUGCCCAUGCCCAACCUCCUUUCCAAAUAGCUCUGGAGUCUCAUCUGUAUUAGAACCAAUAUGCCCUCAAACCGAACCUUCAGCCGCUAGGGUGGGAGGCCUUGUCUCAGAAACCCCACAUUGCUCUGAACUGUGAGACAGGAGGUGCAGGUAGCUCCAGCCUGCACUGGCCCAUAGCUUGUUGUCUCAGCAAGUGACUCUGUUUAGGGAGUUCCCACUUGCCCCCUGUCAUCAGGUCCACAAGGAAAUGGCCCCCAAUAACAUUGGGUUUUCCUAGGACCUGCAGGAAUCUGUUUUGGUAGCCUAGUAAGUGGGAGCAUCUCCCUUCUGUAAAUUAAGUCACACUUACUGAUGUUUCUGUAAAUCAGCAUAGAAGAAUAACCCCAGCAAAACAAGAACUUAGUCUUGUUACAUCAGGAGGCCAAGCUUAGGCCUGGACUCCAGAGGGAGCUGAGCAUUGCAGAGGUAUCUGCAGGCUAGGUGUAGAAACCCAAGAUGUCUUGUUUCCCAGGCACACCUCUUACUCAGCUUCUUCCAGCUAAGCUGGGGCUGUGAUAGGGUUGCCAGUUUUGGUUGGACAUGUUCCUGGAGUGUUCAUCACAUGACAUUAUCUUUAAUUAAAGACUAAUCUUUAAUUCCUGGAGACUCCAGGACAAUAUUGGAGGGUUGGCAACCCUAGGUCUGUGCUUGCUCUGCUUGAGGAACAGAUCAGAGCCUCUUGGAGGGUGAGGUGGCCUGGGGCACAGAGAGGAAUUGUAUAAUGUCUAGUGUCAAAGCACCUUGCCUUCUGAUGGCUCUCUGCUCCCGAUCAGGAAGUGUCAACAAUGUUAAUACUCACAGGUCUCCCCUAGAGGGGGCCCUUGAGGGCUGGGCUGAAGCCACUCAGCAAUGAAAAAAGGGCUCAACACUCUUACAAAUGAAAACUAAAAUUCUGUGUGGAAAUGGAGGCAGUAGCCAUUUGUUCUACUGGCCCAACUUCCACUCAGAGCAAUUCAGCCAGCGUAGCUCUACCCAGGGCCAAGUACCCCAGGUGUGCUGGGCCUCCCAGACUGGUUUGCACUGACUUCUUAUGCUUGAAUUUCAUGCCCCAGCCCCCUCUUUGGUUCCACUUGUUCUGUGCACACGGAGAUGGAACAGCACAAGCUGGACCCUGUUCCUCCCAGCACAGCGGUUCUGGGCCUUUUCCUUUUUGAAGUCACUUUAGCUGAGUAACCCUCUCUGUGGGUAGAAGAGGCAAGGGGCAUUCCCCUUUCCUUUCCCUCCCAACAAUGCUGCUUUGAUGCCCAAGUAGCAGGGGCGUGGCACCAGCCAGGAGCAUAGUGCAGAGUAUGCUGAACUUCUGUGUGCAGCACACCUACCUGGAGCUUCCCUAGGUUGAGUUCCUUCAUGCUGUACUACUGAAGGGCAGGAUCUCUUCAUUUUGCUGAAUUCUCCCCUAAUUUUAACAUGGGAAUUAAAUUAUGGUCCAAUACAGUUCUGGUUUUUUUUUUUUUUUUUCCUGAGUACUUGUUGGCAGAGGAAUAGCUAUGGAUGGUCCUCACCUGUGCAGACUCCCCUAUGAAUCUGUCAACCUGUAAGGUGUAGCAGCACAGUUGCUACAGGUUGGACCUAAUUCCCCUGUAGGGGCAGUGACUGUUUCCCUCUCACAUUCUAAUGUGUGUUUGGUGCCUAGGUCCUACAGUGAUGGGAAGAUUUGCUGGAGGGGGGAAAGCUCUAGCCAUCUGAUUUAAAGGCCCAGCAGGUCUUACCCACCCUCCUUUCUGUGGUUGUUCAUUGUACAGUGCAGACACCCAACUUUAACUUGUACAGCUGCAGGAUCUGAGGAUCUGCCUGCCUUGCCUUCCUGCAGUUCUCUCCUAUCCCCUGUGCACCUCCUCCAGAUCCUGCUCACUGGGCUCUGAAAUAUGCACUGAUGCUUAGAUUUUAACUAUUAAAAUUGUCUUGGAGCAAAGCAGCGGCAGCCUCUCCAGCUACUCCCUGUCUGAGGGAGAGGAUGGCAAAGGCUGGUGCUAUGGCCUGGUGCUCCUUCUGCUCUGAGAUGGGAAGGGAUUACUCUUCUCUGGACUGUUCGUAUUAUUUAGAAGAUAAUGGUAUUAAUGAGCUGUUUGUGGCCGGGCUUGGGGCUCAGCGGUAUGAGGGGGAGUGAAGUGGAACUCUUUCCUUCAACUAAAUAAAAUCAAAUACCUGUA